AAACGCCCAAACUGAACUUUCUCCUUGCACGCCAACUACUUUCCACAAACAACACAGACUUCUCGGCAGAUCAUCACACUGAAGUUCUGCGUUGUCGAACAGACUACAGCCAUUUCAUCAGUGGGAAUUGACAUGGCCUCAGCCAGCAGCCUCCCGUGUGAAGAACAGCUCCUGUGUUCCAUCUGUCUGAACAUGUUCACUGAGCCUGUCUCUACUCCAUGUGGACACAACUACUGCAAGACUUGUAUCACAAGGUACUGGUCCAACAGUGACCUGAUACAGUGUCCCCUCUGUAACAAGAAGUUCCGCAGUAGACCACAGCUUCAGGUCAACACAGGGUUCAGAGAUAUGGUGGAGCAUUUCAACAACAUGAGGGUGAGGGGGGAAGAUGAGACACCUGCCACACCAGGGGAGGUGACCUGUGACAUCUGCCUUGAGCCGAAGCUCAGGGCCCAGAAGACGUGUCUGGUGUGUUUAACCUCGUACUGCCAGCUUCACCUGGAGCCUCAUCAGAGAGUCAAAACCCUGAAGAAGCACCAGCUGAUCGAGCCUGUGUCAAACCUGGAGGACAGAGUGUGUAAGAAGCAUGAUAGGAUGUUUGAGUUCUUCUGCCACGAAGACCAGAUGUACAUUUGUGUCAUGUGCUUGAAAGAAGAACAUGUAACACAUGAAGCUGUCCCAUUAGAGCAGGAGUUCAGAAAGAGGAAAGCCCAGCUGGACUCUGUGAUGUCACAGGUAAAAAUAAUGGAAAACGCUAAAUCUGGGAAUCUAAGUGAUAUCAAACAUUUUGUCAAACAAAGCAGGAAAGAUUCAGAGAAUGAGAUAGCAUACAUCACUGAGGUUUUCACUGCUCCGGUGGUCUCUCUUCAAAGCAGCCAGGCUGAGCUGAUCCAGGUGAUCCAGGAGAAGCAGAAAGCAGCAGAGAAGGAGGCUGAAGACCGUGCAACACCUCUGGAGCAAGAAGUGGCUGAGCUGAGGGAAAAAAGAUUAGAAAUGGAGAAACUUUUGCAAACAGAGGACCACUUCCACUUCCUGCAGAGCUGUCCAGUUCUCCCUUUCCCUGAACACAGUGUCAUAGGUAAAGCUCUGAGUCAGUCCAGCGAGCCAGUAGACCUCUCUGAUAUCAAUCAGCCGAGUUAUGUGAGGAUAGUGAAAAAAGCUGUGGAUAAAAUGGAAAAGAUACUCGGUUAUGAGCUAAUGAUGCUUGUUAAUAAGGUCAGGUUAUCUGAUGGCUUUGAGGCUGAUGAACAGUCUGAUACAGAAGAAGAGUGGACUCCACCUCUAGACAAGCUGAUGAUGAUCCAGCAGAACGAAUCGGUGGAUGUGACGCUGGACGGCUACACAGCCCAUUCCACACUUGCAGUGUCUGAGGAUGGGAAACAGCUGAGAUUUUUUGAAGGUGUACCAUCUCUAAGUUUUUUCUUUUGGAUAAGAUUUCGAAAUCAACCCUUUGUCCUCGGGAAAGAGGGGUUUUCCUUUGGCAGGUUCUACUACGAGGUUCGGGUCAGUGACAGUAAAGGCUGGGUCUUGGGAGUGGCCAAAGAGUCCAUUAACAAAAAGAUAAACUCCAUCUGCCCUGAGGUGGGAGUCUGGGCAGUUGAUAUGUACAUCAACCAUGAGGGAGAGGCAUGUUUUACUGACAUCUCUGGUCACCGGUACGUGAGGCAAAAGCCCCAGACAGUCGGUGUGUUUGUCGAUUAUGAGAAGGGAGAGGUCUCCUUCUAUGACGUGGGUGCCAGGACUCUGAUCCACUCCUACACAGGAUGUACCUUCAAAGAAAUUACACAAUCAUAUCUCUUUGCUCCUGGCGCAUAUGUUGAAAGCAGACCAAAGCUUUACCCUUUCUUUGGUUUCUUGACAGCUGUAGAUGAUCCUGACAAUAUGCUGGAAAUCACUCCUGUAGCCGGGACAAGUUUCACAUAAAUCAGUGGAAACUAGUGUGUAACUUCUACCAUGAGGUAACAAAAGUCACACCACACAUUACAGAAGGACAAUGAAACUGUAAUAUAUGCUGUAUAUUCUUAGAUUGAAUGCGUAAGUGUUUGUUUUUCCAAUCAUAUUGCAAAAAUACGGCAAAAUUUAAACUAAACAAAGCAGUUAAAAUUAUUUACCUGACAGACAGUGAUGAGUUUAUUUUAAAUUGUAGAAAAAGGUGGAAGGGAUCAGUCAUAUAUCAUAUUUAUAUACACAUUGCAAUAUGAGAUGGCUCCAUUGUUGAACCAGAUUCUUAUUCUCAGAAACAUCACUGUUGUUGGGAACAAUAUGAAGUGCACAGCUGCAUUACAGGGAACCCAAUUUAAUAUUUAGUACUUUCAAGAAUGCUUUUGAUCCGUAAUCCAUCUAAGAAUUAUCAUUUAACUCACUUUUUAAAAUGGAAAGUUGCCAAAUAUUCUCUCUUUAUAGUUUUUCUGAUGUGAAUAUUUGCCUGUUUUAGAGUAAAACUUUCGGCUUUGUUCUGUUGGUUAGACCAACAAACCACCUAGAGACAACUUAAUUUUGGCUUAAUGAAGUUCUGUUGGGUAGUUUUAAGCUUUUCUGUCAUUUUAUAGACAAAACUAUAAAUCAACUGGGUUUACAUAGUCUGCAUAAAUGUGCUAUAUUUACAGCGGACAUCACUAACCACCUGCUUAGUGCUAAGUAUCAAUGAUAUUGUGACUUCUUUGAAUGUCAGUUUACACCUGUGAGCAAAUGAUAUGAAUAUGUUUAUGUUUGUAUUCCUUUAUGUGACUACAGAGCCUAUAUUACUCUCUUUUUUAUAUUGUGAUUUAACUGUUUAACUGCAUUUUGUGUCAAUUUUUUUUUUAAUUCAAUCAAGAUUUGUUUUGUCAAAUAAGAGAAAAUUCUCAGUCUAUUUUUCUCACUUCAGUCUUUUUAUUUCUCCACAAUAAGAGUCAACUUGUGGGAGCCCAAAGAGCCUGUUUUCAUUGAGAAAGCAUGACAUCAUAGGUCAUAUGACCGCUUUGAAAAUCACCAUGAAACAUAAAAAAAGCCUAGCUUUGCAGCGUUAUUUCGACAUGAUAUCCUGAUGCACAUAGUCCCUUUAGAUUGCUUAGAUCUUCUAUUUUCAUAUGAUACCAGUAUCUCCAGUACAUUCCUAAAAGUGAGCCCACUACGGCCUGUGGGGAAAAAAACGGCCAAAAUACUGAUAUAUCUGAUAUAAUACUGCCACGCAAAAUAUCGCGAUUCUAUGCUGUAUGGAUUUUACCUCCCACCUCUGAACAAAUCUGAUAAAUUAUCUUCAAAACUAGGUGUUUGAUAUGUGUGUAAUAUGUAACUGUUAUAUAUUAUACUGCUUAAUAAAGGUCAGUUU